AUGGUCGUCUUUGAUGGACACGAGUUCCUCACCGAGGAGGAGAAGCGCCUCAAAGAGGACCGCGAGCGCACCAAAUACUGGAAGAAAUGGGGACCAUACGUUGCGGAGCGCCAAUGGGCCACUGUGAGAGAGGACUACAGCUCUGACGGAGAUGCUUGGAGCCACUUCCCCCACGACCAUGCCCGCUCGCGAGCUUUCAGAUGGGGCGAGGACGGAAUUGCCGGCGUCUCGGACACUCAUGGGCUUCAGAACAUUGCAUUUGGCUUCUGGAACGAACAAGACGAGUUCUUGAAAGAGAGGCUCUUUGGCCUGUCCAACCCGCAGGGCAACCACGGUGAGAGUAUCAAGGAGGCGCAUUUUCAUCUGGAUAACACUCCGCAUUCCUACAUGAAGCUCCUGUACAAAUAUCCGCAGAAGAAAUUCCCAUACGAACAGCUACUCAAGGAGAACGCCCAGAGGUCCAAAGAGGACAAGGAGUAUCAAAUCAUCGACACGGCGGCUUUCGACGAAAACCGGUACUGGGACAUCUUCAUCGAGACCGCUAAGGAGGCGGAUGAUCCGGACGAGCUUCUUUUCCGAGUCACCGCCUGGAACAGGGGCCCUGACCCAGCCCCUCUCCACAUUGUACCCCACGUUUGGUUUCGGAACACCUGGAGCUGGGGCAGAGAAGCUGCCGACAAGAAGCCUUCCAUCGGAGCUCACACCGAAAUAGCGGCCAAGUCCAAGCAUCACAGCCUUGGCGAACGUUUCGUCAACUUCUCACCGUCUCCUGGGGUGGGGUCUAGCGGAGAGGAUGUCCUUCCCAAACUCUUGUUUACGGAAAACGAUACCAACUUUGACGUCUUGUACGGCCAGGAGAAUAAGCAACCCUAUGUCAAAGACGCCUUCCAUCGCCACAUUGUCGGCGGUGAGGAAGAUGCCAUCAACCCGGCCAAGACGGGCACGAAAUGCGCCGCGUGGUUUCCUUUCAACGAAGAUGGCGGAGUCAAUCCGGGAGAGUGCGCCGUUGUGCGCUUCCGCUUCUCCAAGAAGGACAUUGCCUACCUGGACGAGGAGGAAUUUGACGACUUGAUUGAGAGGCGCAGAGAAGAGGCCGACGAUUUUUACUACAGAAUCAGCCCUCUGCCAAUGACAGACGAUCUGCGCAACAUUCAGCGGCAAGCGUUUUCAGGAAUGAUGUGGACGAAGCAGUUUUAUCACUUUAUCUGGGAUCACUGGGCCAACGGCGAUCCUUCGAUGCUUCCUCCCCCCCCUCCAGGCCGAAAGGGAGUCCGGAAUACGCAAUGGAAGCACAUGUACUGCGACGACAUCCUGUCGAUGCCCGACUCGUGGGAGUACCCCUUCUUCGCCGCUUGGGACAGCGCCUUUCACUGCAUCACGCUGGCCAUGAUUGACCCCGACUUCGCCAAGAAGCAGUUGGAUUUGUUUACACGAGAAUGGUACUGUCAUCCAAACGGACAGCUCCCGGCAUACGAGUGGAACUUCAGUGACGUGAACCCUCCAGUCCACGCCUGGGCCACGUUCAGGGUUUUCAAGAUUGAGAGGAAAAUGUACGGUCGCCAGGACCUCGACUUCCUGGAGCGUGUCUUCCAGAAACUGCUUCUCAACUUCACCUGGUGGGUGAACCGUAAGGACACCGAGGGCAAGAACGUUUUUGAGGGAGGCUUCCUCGGGCUGGACAACAUUGGCCUGUUCAAUCGAUCCGAGCCGCUGCCGACCGGGGGCGUGUUGGAACAGGCGGACAGCACCGGCUGGAUGGCCUUUUUCUGCCUGUCCAUGCUCAACAUCGCCCUUGAGCUGGCAAAGCACCGUCGCAUAUAUGAGGACAUUGCGUCAAAGUUCUUUGAGCAUUUCAUCUUCAUCAGCGAUGCCAUGACUUUCCGCGCGGGGGAGAAGAGCGAACAGUCUCUGUGGAACGAGGAGGAUGGCUUCUACUACGACGCCAUAUCGUGGGGAGGCCCGUGGAUUCAGCAGCUGCCUGUGCGAUCACUGGUUGGCUUGAUCCCUCUCUAUGCGACAACCACGCUCGAGCCUGAGCUCAUCAAUAGGCUACCCUCGUUUCGCAAGAGAGUUCUGUGGUUCGUUAACAACCGAUGCGAUCUGGCCGAGAGGACAAUGGCCAGCAUUCGGAAGAGAGGCAAGGGAAACCGAAUCCUUCUCUCCAUUGUCAGCAAGGACAGACUCGAGAAAAUUCUUAAGCGCAUGCUAGACGAGGAAGAGUUCUUCAGCAAUCACGGCAUUCGAUCGCUGUCCAAGUAUCAUAAGGACCAUCCCUUCUCCAUGGAUGUCAACGGCCAGAAGUUCACGGUGGGAUACGUGCCAGGAGACUCCGACAGUGGCUUGUUCGGCGGCAACAGUAACUGGAGAGGGCCCAUCUGGCUGUGUGUCAACUUUCUCCUGGUUGAGUCGAUACAGCGCUUCUUCCUCUUCUACGGUCCUGAAUUCCAAGUCGAGUGUCCAACGGGCAGCGGCGACUAUAUGCAUCUGGGCAAGGUUGCGGAAGAGAUCCAACACCGCCUCCAGCACCUCUUUGUGCGGACCGAUGACGGAAGAAGAAGCGUCAACGCCGGUGACGAUCGUCUGGACUUUGAUGAACACUGGAAAGACUAUCUCUGGUUCCACGAGUUCUUCGACGGGGACUCGGGACGAGGGCUUGGAGCCAGCCACCAAUGCGGCUGGACAGGCCUGAUUGCCCGCAUGAUCCAUGACACAGGCGUCAACUGCCGUCUUCCGCAGACCCCGCGCACCCCAUCGGUCGGUAUGGCGCAUUACUUUGAUGACAUGUUUCAACGGAGCAUCGACAUGGGUACGCCUCGCUCCUCGGGCAUGCAACGGGUCAGACGCUCAUCGACCGCCCGUUCCAUUGGCGCCCGCAGCGACUUUGACGCGUCCGUCAACGGCUUCGACGACGACGCUCACUCGACGACAGACUCGGUUCACGCAGAGGACUCGAGUCGGGCGCGAGAAAAGGCCGAGGCGGAUUCGCACCUGCAUCAGUACAUUUCGGAUCAACUCAAUCGCUACAAGGACCAGAACGGCGACUUUCAGCACGAGGACGAGUUUGAGGCGCGGGCUUGA